CCGCCGCCGGGCCGCGGGGCGGGGCUGGGCUCCUGGGCUGCGCUGCCGCUCGGCCCGUGGCGCAGCGCAGCGCCGGGCCGGUCAGCGGGGCUACUUCGGCCGAGGCGCCCGGCGGUUCAUCUGAAACUGGACGAAAGAAGAGAAUGGAUAUGGGUAACCAACACCCAUCCAUAAAACGGUUGCAUGAAAUACAGAAAGAAGUCAAGGAGAUCGAACAACAAGUGGUUGUCUUCAGUGGUCUGUCUAGUGAUCAAGAUUACAAGAAAUUAGAAAGGAAUCUCACUAAACAGCUUUUUGAAAUAGAUUCUGUAGACACUGAAGGAAAAGGGGAUAUUCAGCAAGCCAGAAAGCGAGCUGCUCAGGAAAUAGAAAGGCUGCUUAAGGAACUGGAACAAAAUGCAAACCAUCCACGCAGACUGGAAAUAGAGGCUAUAUUCAAGGAGGCACAGUCACUUGUGGAACGUGAGAUUACACCUUUUUACAAAGGAGGUAACUGUAUAAGUGACGAAUUUGAAGAAGGUAUUCAGGACAUUGUAUUGAGACUUACCCAGGUGAAAACCGGAGGGAAAGUUUCUUUACGCAAAGCGAGAUAUCGUACACUGACAAAAGUAUGUGCUGUCCAGGAGAUUAUCGAAAGCUGUGUAAAGCAGCAGCUGUCCCUGCCACUCUCUAAUGAUGCGCAUCCUUCUGUCUCCAAAAUUAACUCUGUAAUGUGUGAUGUGAACAAAGCAAGAGGAACUCUUAUUGCGCUUCUGAUGGGAGUGAGUAGUAAUGAUACCUGCAGGCAUCUAUCCUGUGUGCUUACAGGCCUCAUCGCUGAUUUGGAUGCUUUAGAUGUCUGUGGUCGCACGGAAAUAAGAAACUACAGAAAGGAAGUAGUGGAAGAGAUCAAUAAAUUACAGAAAUACCUGGACUUGGAAGAAGAAGCAAAUUCUACUCAUGCUUAUGAUUUGGCACAAAAUCAGUCCAUUCUAAAAAUAGAAGAGAUUCGCAAGAAAAUGAAGGAAGUUAAUUCUUUACUUUUAAAAACAGAGAAUGCUUCCGAUUUGUAUUUGAGAUCUAAAGCGGAAUUACAGGGAUUAAUUGCUCACUUAGAUGAGGUGAGUCCAGGAAAAAACCCCUGUAUUAGAGAAGCCAGGAGAAGAGCAGUAAUAGAAGUUCAAACUCUUAUAACGUAUAUUGAUUUGAAGGAAGCACUUGAAAAAAGGCAAAUGUACUCUGAGCAAACUGCUGCUGAACAUCAGUCUCAUAAGGCAGUUUGGACUGUUCUUGGAAACUUGUCUCAAAUUCAGCAGGAGGUGAUUUCAUUUGAUGGAAACAGAACAGAUAAAAAUUACAUGAGAUUGGAAGAACUUCUUACAAAACAACUUCUAGCACUUGAUGCUGUUGAUCCACAAGGUGAUGAGCGGUGUAAGGCUGCCAGAAAGCAAGCAGUAAAGCUUGCGCAGAAUAUUCUUUACUAUCUGGACAUGAAAACAGAUGAAUGGGAAUACUGAAACAGCCAUGGCCUGACAUAGAAGAACAUUUUUUCCUUUGGCACUUUAUGCAGAUCGUUGGCAGCACAUAAUAAAAGCGGUGUGUUCUGUGCUUGCUUAAAUCACAGAGAUUGCAUAAGCAGUUGACUUGGCUAUAUGUCUGCUAUCCCACGCAGUCACCCACUUGCCAUGGCAACUGUCAGUACACCAUCAGCAAUUCUGGUCAUGGCUAUAAGCAAAGAAGUGCGAUUUUCUGAAGGAAUAGCUUAAUAUGUGAUCAAAUGGCUUUUUUUUUUUUUUUUUUUUUUUUUUUUUCCUGGUUUUGUUUUAAUUACCUGGUGCAAUGUUCAGUGAAUGCAGAUUUUUCAAAGAUGCAGAAACUUCCUCACGGUACAGUACUGGCAAAACUAAAGAAGACUGGACAUGAAAAUUAGUAUCCAAGCAUGAGGCUCCAUCCAGCAACUUCACAGCAGUCUGGAUAUACUCUUAAUGUGCUUUUACAACAGAAAGUACUAAAGGCAAAAAGCCUGUUGGCUUUUGGGUUGUACUGGAUUUAUUCCAUCCAUCACAACUUUCUGGGUGUUUAGAUUUCUUGGUUGAUGGAGCUGUAAUGCCAACUGCAAAUUAACAUUUACGUAGGCAAAGCCAAUUAUGUCUAUUUUUUGUAAUAUCUGAGCCCUUUGAUUUUCAAAAGCAGGUCUUUUGUUGGUGGAAACUCUUUCAAAUUACUGCUUUAAUAUACUGAGACUUGGAGAGGGAAAUCUGUACAUAUAUACUGACCAGAUAAAUGGGAUUUUGAGGAUUUCACACUGCCAUCCAUAAACCCCUGAAAACUGCAAUGAACUUUAGUGGCUGCUUAGGUGUCUUCUUAAACUCUCUUGUUAGAUCUGGUUUUGACUUGUCUUUUCACAUUUGGUGAAAACAGAAACAAUUCACUUUGAAGUGAAUGAGCAUUUUGGAAUUAUUUUUGUAAAAUUAUGUAGCUAGCUAUAAAGAUGUCCCUAAUGAUGUAAAAGCCUGUUAUAUAUUUCAUACUGGUCAGGUGUGGCUUCAGCAUGUCUUGGAAAAGACUUGUGGCAAAUGUCUCUCCUUGCAACUCAUCACUUAAAUGUUUUGGUAACUUCGUAAAUAAGCUUGCUUAUACUGUUGUACACACCUGCUUUUUUAUUUGUGGCUGCUAGUGCCAAUCACAUUUCUACUUUAGCAUGUUUUUUGGCAUUUUUUCGAGAGCAUGGCAUUAAAAUGAAUUCAUUAUAAAGAUAUAUUUAAUUAUGGGUACUUUGCACUUAGAUCUUUCAUGUUGAAUUAAUGAAUUACUGUUCUAUAGAUGAUGAUUUGCACCACUUUAAGGAGUAAAAACCAGUUUGGAUGGAUAAAUAUUUUUAGAUCUAUUUUUGAGUGAUGAGAGAAGACAACACUGUCUGUGAAAGCCAAGUGCCUUUAUGACACCACUGACUUGCACCGUCAUACGUAGAUAUAGGAACUGUUCACUGGAAGCUUGAUACGUUUGUAAUCUUUGCAAACUGGAUUUCUCACAUAUAUAUAAUUCUACUAUAAUGUAUGUCAAAUUAAUGUAAUACAACAGGUGGCAAUUGUUUAGAGUCCUGAGAAUGAGCAUCAAAUUUGGGAAAUACGGAUUCUGCUUAAAAACAAAUGCACGGAUGUGGAGAUGGGGGACUUUGGGCAGGUCUUCUGUGCCUAUUGCUACAAGAAGGAGAGAAUAUGGUUCCUCCAUAACAUGCUUUGAGAUGUUGAUGAAAGGCUCAGUAACUUCAGAGUGUGAAUAUAUUUUGUUUGUGAUUGUACAGGUGAUUGCUUUGCAGAUUUACUUGCCAACUGAGUAUGGUGCCUGAGGCACAAUUUGGCAAUGACAGAAUGUUGGAGGAUUCUCUCUGCUCUUUCAGAGAUAUAACCCCAUUGAAUUUAUCUCUCCUUACAUCAAAAAAAUAAUUUCCCCUAGUUAAAAUUCCAAUCUAUGUUUAUAUAUUAUGUGGCUAACACAGAAUAGUUAUGCACCUGAAUUAUUUUACUCAUUUCAAACUUUCUACACAUUUGAACUGCAACUUCUGAUUUGCACUUACAUUUUUAGGGAAUAUAAGAAUUUGAUAGUGUAAUAAUAUUAAUUUUUCUUUAGUAUUACUGUCAGGUCUGCAUUGGUUACUUGUAGGUUGUUUAACAAUUUAGUGUCUGUGUUCUUUGGAGGUUAUGUGUAGCUUUAUAAAUGUUUGAACCUCUUACAGAAAAAUUAGUAUAGUUUUCGGAUCUCUUCUAUUUUAAAUUUUUAUAUCUUUUGUCUUUUCUGAAUGAAUUGUUAUGCCUGUGUCUAAGAAGGCAGAUGUGUAAGGUUAGUGUAAUUUUGACUCAGUAGAGUUCAGUAGCAAGAUAUUCUGUGGAUUAAACUUUUUUUCCAUUGUUCUGUACUCUACUAAAUUGACUAUUUAAAUUUUAUGGUAAAAUCCUCAUCUGGAAUGGGAUUAAUUCACAGUUUUUGCAUGAAUGAAAGUAAUAAGCUACAUAUGCUUAACCAAAAAAGUAAUGCCUAGAUUUCUCAAAAUCUUGCUUUUGUGCUGAAGAAUGUAAUUUCUCUGCUUUUUAUAUCCAAAGAUUGAGGGACACACAACUUUUCUGAUAUGGCAGGCUAAAAUAAUCAGCAAAAUGUAAGUGGACCAAAUUGUAAAAGCCUGCAUUUUAGUACUAUACUGAAAUACAAAUACUUCUCUGUAUAAUAUAAAUAAUAUAAAAACUUCUCUGUGUGCUAUGUAAUCUACCUUAGAGCAAAAUAAAUAAUUGGAUAUUUAGGGCAGAGGUAAUCCUACAUUGUGAUUCCUAUUUGUUAAUUUUUAAACAAAUUUUCUUUAGUUAUUUCAGUGGUUAUUUUUGUUCUUCACCACUCAAAGUGGUUUUUCAGUGUUAUGAGUUUGGAGGAGAUUUUUGUUAAGUACGAUUCCUACUUUUUCAAUUUAACAGAAAUUAGUGUACGUUUUCCUUAUGGUGUGUAUGUCUUGAUUAUUGCUGUAUAGGAUAUGACAUUUGUAUAUACAAAUUCAAGAUUAAAUACUGCAGUGUUAUAUUCUUGAUUAUUAAUAAAAAUACAUUACUACCUUUUA